CGAGGGGAGACGUGCGACAUUUACUUGAAUCUAUGGUAAAGGACCCCCAUUUUUCUACUGUUCCGAGAAGAAUGAUACCAGGCCGCUGACAAGAGAAAAAGGCUUCUCCUGACAAGCUUUAAAAACCAUGGACUUUCUGAAAUGUGGUUCAUGCGGCACCAUUUUCCACGAGCUUGACACCUUUAUCACACAUAAACAGAAAGGAUGCACUGGCAAGCCUGAAGAUGCGGAGACCACAGAGAAAAAAGCCAAUGCAGAGACGUCUGAGAAGGUGACACCAAAGGAGGAGCAAGCAACUACGGCCAAGAAGCCUGUCAAAGAUGAAGAGGCAUCCGAAGACAAAAAAGCUUCUGUCGCUCCCUCAGCCUCCAAAAACAAUGGUCUUCAGAAGACAGGUCGGCGUGGCUUCCCUGGCUAUCUGCAUCAGCGUUUGCGGCAACAGAAGAAGCUUCAGAUGCAACGCGCCUGCAAGGUAGCGGCCGCCGAGCGGCAGCAACAGGCCUCCAAGGCCCAGCAGGCACGUUCGCACGGUCCUGGAACAUCUGUUGCCUGUGGCCGCUGUGAAGGCUGCAGAAGAACCGAGGACUGUGCUCAGUGUGCCAACUGCACGGAGAAAAAGACGGGUCUUCGUGGACCAAGAAAAAAGUGCCUGCUGAGGCGCUGCGAGAAAAGCACAGCACAGAAAAAGAAAGUGUACAUAGUGGAGAAGAUACUAAAGAAGAGGGUGAAUGCCGCUGGAAAAGUUGAAUAUCUCCUCAAAUGGAAGGGAUACCCAGACUCAGAAAACUGCUGGGAGCCAGAAGAGAACAUUAUCAGCAAGCGGCUCAUCCAGUUAUUUGAAAAAGAGCAACAAGAGGCUGCCCGCACAGAGAACAAAACGGACGCCAAAGAUGAACUCGGCAGCUCCUCAAGCAAAGAGAUCAAGGAUGAGGAUGACAGUACAAGUGAAGACGCCGAAGCAGCCACUCAUAAGCGCAUAUUCUCGGCUCUGGGCCUCCACCGACAAGGAGAGGAGCUCGCCACGCCCACAACCGAACCAGGUCGCAGAGGCCGCACUAGUAAGUCAGCCGCAAAAGACUUUAUUAAGACGGUGUGCAGCAAAAGGCCGCGGAGCCCAGAGUCACUCGCAUCUCCAACGCGAAUGUCCAACGCAUCAACAGGCACUCCGCUGUCCAAACGACCCACAACCGUAAUGAGUCCCAACGCUCGGGAAACGGCUGCUGGGGACACAGCAGUAUCUGGCGAAGCAAAAGCGGAAGACACCGAGUCCAUAGCAAUCAUCUACAUCCCAAAGCCGGACGAUCCCGGCAAGUACAUUACUGUGAAAGGCGAUCAUCGGCAAGUGAGUGGCUUGGACAGGGUGGACCUGAAUCCUGUGGUUGUUUUAGGUCCCAAGCAUCCGGAGAUCAAAAGUGUACCUGGGCCAUCGAGUGGUGCUACAGGGACGGAAACAAAGGAGCCAGCCUCGUCAACGCCCAAGUCGCAGGAAGAGCCACGAACAAUCAAUGUGGAAGUGGUUCAGCUGGGCUCCCUCGAAGAGGAGGAGGAGGAAGAAGAGGAUGGCUCGUUCACUUCACCGUACCGCAAGCCAUCAGUGGUGGCCCGAGCACGCAUGAAAGCUGUCGGAAUGUUCUCUUCGCCGUCACGUCAGAUGGCUUACCACCGGGGCCCUGGCAGGCCACGCAAGACGACUCUGCCUGUGCCUACGCCAUCUCGCAGAGGUCGCAAGAGGAAACGACCGGCUAGGGAUGACUUCUACUACGGUGAUGAUGAUACAGAGUUUGUUCCUUCCCUGUCCCGUUCGACCAAGUGCAAGACUGUAGUGGAGGUUGUGGGUGAAGAUGUAGAUCCCGCGUCUAUAGUGCCAGAGGUCCCCAAGAAGAAAGUGGGCCGGCCACGCAAAUACCCACCACAUCCCAUGCACCACCUGUCACCACAGCAACGCAAGAUGCUGGCGGCGCGGCGUGGCCGCAAGAAGCUGACACAGCCGCGUACUCGACGGAACCGCGUGUUUGUGGUGAUGGCUGAUGGCACUAUGGUGGAAGUGUGCGGCACAGACCGACAACGGGCGGUUGAGCGGGCAACCGAGAAGGUGCGUGCCAUGCGGGAGGGCGGCGCCGACACACUCGCUGCGGAUGAAACGGACCUUGCUGAGGAUGAGGACAGCAUGCCAGCAGCACCGGCUGCAGGCAUCGCAACAGCAGCAGCCACUGCGAAAGAACCUGCUCCGGACGGUGCUACCGGCAGCACUGGUACAGUGGGGCCAAGCGUAACAAGUCCUACCGGAGCAGGCACCCCACAAGGUGUGAUAGGCAAUCGGAGGAGGAGCAGCACCCAGAUGAGCCUGGAGGAGUGCACCAAUGACGCCGUGGACGACACGCACACUCUCAAGCUGCCCAACACAGUGCAGCUGGUAGAAAGCGAACUCCCAUUGGCCGAGGCUGAAAACGCGGACUCCCUCAUCGGCAUGUUCCUCUUCCGACAGGUGUUCUCCCCUAAUGACACCAGCCUGCAAUGCCUGUUCUGCCAGUCCAAGUAUGUGUUCCGUUUCCCCGUUGACCUGGAGAAGCACUACCACGUGAUCCAUGAAAUAGCCGUGCACAGUGCCAAGGCAGAGUUCAGCGAGGCUGUGGUGUUUGUGUGUGUGCCCCCAGAUGUCACUGAGGACACCACACUGAACUCCACGUGUCGGUUCUGCGACCUCACCCUGCGCACCCUCUCGGAGGUACGCGACCACUACCCGGAGGUGCACUCCAAGACUGUACGGCUUGUGGCCGAGUCGCAGUGA